AUGUGGCCUGUGCUUUGGACCGCGGUGCGCACCUAUGCUCCCUAUGUCACCUUUCCUGUGGCCUUCGUGGUCGGGGCUGUGGGGUACCACCUGGAAUGGUUCAUCCGGGGGAAGGAGCCACAGCCUGUGGAGGAGGAGAAGAGCAUCUCAGAGCGCCGGGAGGAGCGCAAGCUGGAUGAGCUGCUCGGCAAGGACCACACCCAGGUGGUGAGCCUUAAGGACAAGCUGGAAUUUGCUCCUAAAGCCGUCCUAAACAGAAACCGCCCGGAGAAGAACUAA